AUGGUCCAAACGAGACCUCCCGCCUCCAAGAAGAAGAAGCUGUUUGGUUAUAAAGAAGACCCCUUUGUGUUCCUCACUGAAGAGGACCCCGUCUUCACCACCAUACAGUCUUUCUAUAAUCUAUCCCCCACCUUCCCCAAGAUCAACGUUCUGACCAGGACCCACGACGGCAAAAAGCGCCACCUGUACAUGGUGUCCAAAGAGCUGCGCAACGUGCUGCUCAAUAACAGCGAGCGCAUGAAGGUCAUCAACACGGGGGUGAAGGUGUGGUCUCGCAACAGUGAUGGAGAGGAGUUUGGCUGUGCCUUCAGACUGGCUCAGGAGGGUAUCUACAGUCUUCAGCCGUAUAUCCGCUCCAGGAUAAUCACGGUGAGUGUGGAGGAUAUCAAAGUGCUGCUGACCCAGGAGAACCCCUACCUCAGCAAACUGGAGGCAGACGCUCACGCUCAGGCCAAGAAACUGGUGAUGGGCAGCAUUGUGUUGAAGUACAUUCCCAACCCAAAUAACACAGAGGAUCCUCAGUGUCCCAUCCAGCUGUGCGGCUGGAGGGGGAAGACGUCCAUCCGAGCCUUCGUCCCCCGAAACGAGAGGUUUCAUUACCUCCGAAUGUUGGGCGUGGAGGUCUUCAGAGACAAGCAGGGCCAAGGGGACAAAGGCCCGGAUGGAGAGAAGGCGGUGGAGGGAGUGGAAGUAAAGGAGGAGGCGGGAAAUGGCGCAGAGGAGAAAGAAGUGGGGAAAGAUGUGGGGGACAUGGACUUGGAGAAUGGUGAUAAAAUUGGAUCAUCAGAACCAAUGAAGGAACCGAUGGACUAGCAGGUGAGGGAAAAGAGGACUGACGAGACGUAGCGCAGCUCUAAGAGCCGAGGACGAGGAUGAAGACCACAUUUUGUGAUAAGGGAGGAACAGCCCGUUUCCCACCCUGCAGCUGAGGAAGGAGACCCUCCCUCGCAGAUUCCAUCGGGAUUUUUAUUUUGGUUUGGAACCCCUCCAGGAGUCAGCUUAUUAGUUAGUCUUAUUUUAUUGAUAUGUUUUUUUUAUUUUUAACAAAUGUAUUCCACAGCUCAAGUGGCUUCAAUUUGUCUUCCCGUAGAUAAUCUUCAGAGAGGUUCGUAUGAACUGUCAUCUCAUUUUUCUAGAUCUGCAAUAAAGCCAAACUAUGGAGUCAAUUAAAGCGUUGAAGAUUAA